AUGACACAUUUACUUUCGAAUUAUUGUGAGCAGGCCAUCCAUAUAAGAGAGAAAUCACAUAAAUGUGAAGUAUGUGACAAAUUGUUUGAUCAAAGUUCACAGCUUGCACGUCAUUUGAAAAUUCAUUCUGAAGUGAAAUGUUACAAAUGUAAUGAGUGUGGCAAAACCUUUAAUGAUAGCUCCACCCUUGCUAGACAUCAGAUAAUCCACUCGGGAGCAAACUUACAUAAAUGUGAUAUAUGUGGUAAAAUCUUUGGUCCGAAUUCAUUCCUUGGAAGUCAUCAGAAUAUCCUUGCAGGAAAGAGAAGUUACCAAUGUAAAGAGUGUGGCAAAACCUUUACUGACAGCUCAAACCUCAGGAGACAUCAGAAAAUUCAUACAGGAAAGAAAUUGUUUAAAUGUGAUAUAUGUGACAAAGUCUUCAGCAGAAAUGCACACCUUGCUGGUCAUCAGAGGGUUCAUACUGGAGAGAAACCUUACAAAUGUAAUGAGUGUGGCAAGCACUUUAGUCAGCCUUCACAGAUCAUAAGUCAUAAGAGAUUUCAUACUGGAGAGAAACCUUACAAAUGUGAUGAGUGUGGCAAGGCCUUUCGUGUAAAGUCAAAUCUUUUAAGUCAUCAGACAGUUCAUACUGGAGAGAAACCUUACAAGUGUGAUGAGUGUGGCAAGGCCUUUCGUGUAAAGUCAAGCCUUUUAAGGCAUCAGACAAUUCAUACUGGUGAGAAACGUUACAAAUGUGAUGAGUGUGGCAAGGCCUUUACUGCCAGCUCACACCUCAGGAGACAUCACAAAAUUCAUACAGGAAAGAAAUUAUUUAAAUGUAAUUUAUGUGACAAAGUAUUCAGCCGAAAUGAAUACCUUGCUGGUGGUCAUCAGAGGGUUCAUACUGGAGAGAAACCUUACAAAUGUAAUGAGUGUGGCAAGCACUUUAGUCAGCCUUCACAGAUCAUAAGUCAUAAGAGAUUUCAUACUGGAGAGAAACCUUACAAAUGUGAUGAGUGUGGCAAGGCCUUUCGUGCAAAGUCAACCCUUUUAAGUCAUCAGACAGUUCAUACUGGUGAGAAACCUUACAAAUGUGAUGAGUGUGGAAAAGUCUUCAGUCAAAAACCACAUCUUCGCCUUCAUUGGAGAAUUCAUACUGGAGAGAGACCUUUCAGAUGUAAUGACUGUGGCAAGUUCUUCAGUCGAAAUUCACACCUUGCAAGUCAUCGGAGAAUACAUAUAGAGAAACCUUUCAAAUGUUUCGAGUGUGGAAAAUCCUUUACUCAGGUCUCAGCACUCACUAAACAUCAGAAAAUCCAUACCAGAGAGAAACUUAUGUGAAUGUGGUAUAUGGUAAGUCUUCAAAAUUCAAAGUUCAAACUUCACACCCUACCGUUGGUCAGAGAAUUCAUACUACUCAGGAACCAUACAAAUAUGAUGAGUGUGGCAACAUCUCAGGCUUCAUGAGAAAAUUCAUACUGGAUAGAAGCCAGGUAUAUAUGUAUUUAUUAGUCAGGUCUUUAGAACAUGAGUUCAUUCUAGAAAGAUUCCUGACCAGUUUCACAAAUGUGAAAAAGAAAAACAAAAACCCUGUCUUCACAGCUCACAUCUUGCCAGUAGUAUCAGAGUAUUUAUCCUGGAAAAAACACACAGCAAUGUAAUGUGUGUGGCAAGGAUCUUACCCAAAAGUCACAAGACAGGAACAUAAUGGAGCCAUACUUCCCAGACUCAGUGGUUGUGGCAAAUCUUUACCUUUUUCACUUUAUGUAUUCUCUGAUGACUUUAGUUCAGUUACUCAGCAACUGUAGUAAGUUCAUAGUUGAAGAGAAGCUAUAGAGAUCUUUUCGCGUAAAAGAAACCCAAAUUCUAACUCAGCAAAGAUGAUUCUUUGGGACAGAAGUCCACCAUCUUUUUGGUCUCCUGGCUUUCUGAAUAAAGUCAAUAUUCCUUGCCCAACAAGUAGUCUCUCAGCUUAUUGGCCUGUUGCAUGGUGAGCUCUAAGAGCUUGGCUUUGGUAAUACAUUGAUCAAACGCAUUUGCUACAUGUGUUUCAUGAUGGUCUCUGGGAAGGAAUCAGUGAGAUGAAGGGGCCAACUUCAUUAGAUACGAUUCAUUCAGAUCCGUGUUUCCUGGAAAAACACACAGCCUGAAUUAUGAAUUUCAGUAGUGUGUGUGAAUUAGCAACAGGGAGGGCGGAAAAUAAUGUAAACCUAGGACAUGACUCAUCAUGGUCAGUAGGAUCAGGAAGCCUUUCUGUACAUAGUCCGGCCUGUUAUAAAAGAUAAUGUUCUACCAACUGACCUUGAACAGAGUAGGCAAGAUGUUAAAAGGACUGGGCUUUUCGUAGGAGGAGAGGGACAGUUACCAGCGACCAGUGGUGUGCUAGAAACAAUGCAUAGGGAAAGGGUCAUGUUCUCCAUUGGAUAGAAAUAACUGUUGUAUGUGUGAUUAAAGAAGAGUUACUCUUAUUUGUGGAAAUUGAAGACAGAGCUGUCCGGGACCUGGGGACUGGAGUUGACGAGAAGAAGGACGCAGGGGACCCGAGUCUCGAGUGAGACAAGGGUGCUUUAUAUGCAGAAACGCAUGAUUAUGUAUCUUCAUACAAGGCAGCUUUAAGGCAGUAAAAAAAAAUUGAGCAGAAACAAAGCCAAGCAAAUAACAAUCUUCAAAGGGCCAGAGAGCAUUCCAUAUCCUGAGUAAGAGGAACAUAACUGAAUAGAUUACCUAUAAGUAAAAGGUCACUGAAAGGAGUCACUGAAAGGAAUCCAAGCAGGUGGCCUUUCUCAUGAUCUCAGUCCUGAGAACUGGGUGCAGCUCUGCUCGUUCCUGUUUUCCAGGAACUGAUAAGGAAUAGAGAGUCCUUGAGAAACGGCACACAGAAGAAGAAAAUAACAUAUUGGAUCCCUUAAAGUUGAAUGUCCCCUGACAGUUCACCCUUUUUAAUUUUUUUAUGAUUGGGGGUGACUGUUAAUACUUUUUGUGAAAAAGGCCCUGACCAAUUGAGUUUGUUUAGUUUGAACAAUUUUAGUUGAAAGGCAUCUAUUUAUUACAAGUAUAAUCACCAGGAUAAUUAUCAGUGUCAAUAGUUCCCAAUCCAAUACUAUGUGUAAUGCCUUGAAACCAUCUUCGAGAAUCUAGCCCAGAUAAUUGAGCAGCGAGCUGUUCAGCUAAGGUUUCCAAAUUGUUGGAAGAGGGUAGACUCUUAGAGAAGGUUUCAAGGAUUUCCUUUUGCAGCAAUUGUACAUGUAAGGAAGCAUUAUCAUGUAUAUCUUACAAAUGAAAUUUGAUUUGUUCCGAAUUGUAAGCACUGUGGUUGAACUAAAGAGGAGUGAUACAAAAUUGAGAAGAAUUCCAAUCAAUUUAAUAAUACUUGUUUUUGUGAAUCUAUUAAUUGAUCUCCAGCCCAUUGGAUGGCUGUUUUUAAUUCCUGAAUUUUAUCUUGAACUUUUUCAUCUAUCUGAACCUGAGUGACCCAUAUAGUAUGAGCAUCUUUAAUCCAAUUUUGAAUAAAGUUUUGUGUUUGAUUUGAA